AUGUUUGAAAUUAUACAUAAUUUGCCCUGGGUAAUAACAGCGAGUCGUUGCCUAGUGUUGUGCGCCGAGAGUCGUGGGGAGAUGGAGUCGUGGGCCGGAGCUCUGAGGGGCGCGCUACAUAGAGGUGCGGACGUGGCCGAUCUAGUGGCCCGGCUCUCCUCCGGCGAUCACCAUUGGUACACAGCGACGCAUGCCCGGCCCACAUUCUGUAACGUGUGCCGUGAACCGCUCGGCGCUCUCGGCACCGCGCACGCACUCGCCUGCGAGCUUUGCAAGUACAAGGCGCACAAGCGUUGCGCGUCGCGUGCGCCGCCGCCAUGCAAGUGGACCACGCUCGCAUCGCUCGGCCCGCACGUGGUGGAGGACGCGGAAGGGGUUACAAGACUUCAGAUGCGUGUGGUGCCGCAAGUGCGUGCACGCCGCGUGCAAACCGAGCUGGCGUGCUGCAUGCAUGCUCGGGCCGGCGCGUGCGUCGGUGGUGCCGCCGACACGUCUGCAUUCGGUGACAACCAAGGCGUUAAGUUCCUAAGGCGAUUCAAGCAGCUCCUGAAUCCGGCGCAAGUGUUCGAGCUGAGCGGUGCGGGACCGAGGUUGGGGCUCCGGUUGUUCAGACAUUUCGCACCGCUGCGUGUGCUCGUCUGCUCGGGGGACGGCUCUGUUGGAUGGGUGCUGCAGGAAGUUGACAAGCUAGAUAUGCACCGUCAAGUACAAACCGCUGUGUUGCCGCUCGGUACUGGCAACGACUUGGCGCGGGUGCUGGGCUGGGGAGCGUCCUGUGACGACGCGGCCAACCUGCAACUGCUGCUAGAGAGAUACGAGAGAGCCUCCACCAAAAUGCUCGACAGGUGGUCUAUCAUGACAUUCGAGAGAGCAUUAACAGCACCACCGCCUCCGCCGGCUCCGCCUGAUUUAUUAGAAGAGAACUCUUUACUCAGGAACCUACAGGAUAUCAUGCAGGUAUUGUAG